ACAAAAGGGUAGCACCGUAGUAGAAGGAAAAUCCCUUUUCUUUUUUGGGUGGGAAUAAUGAAUUCACUUUCACGAAUUCGCCGGCCGUUCACCAUUGCUGUUCAACGGCUCAAUCUCCGAAGCUUCUCCAGUUCACUCCCAUAUUUUAAGGAGGAAGACAAAUUGAACCCUACAGAAACGGGAAGCAACUGCAGCUUGGUUCAUCCGUCCGCCGUAGUUCAUCCGGAAGCCAUUUUAGGUCAGGGUGUUUCGGUCGGUCCUUUUUGUACCGUUGGAGCUUCUGCAAAGUUGGGGAAUGCUUGUCAGUUAUACCCUGGGAGCCAUAUUUCUGGAAAUACGGAAUUAGGAGAUAACUGCAUUUUAAUGAUGGGUGCUGUAGUUGGUGAUGAUAUUCCGGGCCGUACGAUUAUUGGAUCCAACAAUAUUGUCGGGCAUCAUGCUGUGGUGGGCAUUAAAUGUCAAGAUAUGAAAUACAAGCCAGGGAAUGAAUGUUUCCUUGAGAUUGGUGACAAUAACGAGAUUAGAGAGUACACGUCCGUUCAUCGAUCUUCACACCCAAAUGAAACAACAAUAAUUGGCGAUAACAAUCUUAUUAUGGGAUCUUGUCACAUAGCACAUGACUGCAAGAUUGGUCACAAUAACAUUUUUGCAAAUAAUACUCUAUUAGCAGGCCAUGUUACUGUGGAGGACUAUACUCACACAGCAGGGGCAACUGUAAUACACCAGUUUUGUCAUAUCGGUUCUUUUUCUUUUAUUGGUGGUGGUUCGGUGGUUUCUCAAGAUGUACCCAAGUACACAAUGGUAUGUGGUGAACGAGCUGGACUGCGUGGAUUAAAUCUAGAAGGGCUAAGGCGUCGUGGGUUUUCGAUUGUGGAGAUAAAGAGCCUGAGAGCAGCGUAUAGAAAAAUAUUUAUGCCUAGUGAAGGAAAUCUAUUGGGCAUCGAAGACCGCCUGACUGAAUUGGAAAAGGAUGAGGAACUGGGUCGAAUUCCAGUGGUGUGUUUAAUGGUAAAAUCAAUCCGAGAUUCCUUUGCAGAGGAUCGUCGUGGAAUCUGCAAGUUUAGUUUAACAUUCAACAAGGGUGAGUUAGAGUGGUAAUUAUUAUUACACAGUCAGCACAAUUUGGAUACAUAUUUUGCUUGCUUGGAUGAUGUGGAAUCUGUCAUCCCUCCGCUUAGGAACGUUAAUGUUUCGGUUACAUUUGAUUCUGAAAUAUUUUGAUAUUUUUUUUUUCUUAGAUAAACAAAUAUUUUGAUAUGCUGUAUAUCUAUUUUAGUAUUGGACUGUAAGUUUGUAACUAAUCAUUAAAUCAUAUAUAUAUAUUUUAAUUUUGUUUUGAAAUUUGAAUUAAAAUUUGUUUGUA